AUGGCAAACGAGUUCGAAAUUCUAUUCGGGAUUUCUCUUACGCUCAAUGUGUGCUUCAUUGGGUGCAUCGCAGCUGUGGUGGUGUACAAGAUUGUUCAAUAUUAUAAAAAGAGGAAUCGAGUACGUGAUUGUAACCCUUUGGCUUCGGAGAAGGAUUCUUCAUCAUCACUGGCCAGAUCAAGAUUUAUUUCUGUUACUUCAAGUACUCUGCAUCGAUGUAAUGAAGGUAGAAUCAAAUCAACACCUUGUAGCAGUGAUGUACGCGAGGAGGACAACGAAUUGGUGGUGAAGAAACGAGACACUCCUUCCCCCUUUGUUGAGUUGAAAAUUGAUAACAACUUUAGGAAGCCAUUAGAAAAACAAACCUCAUCAACAUCGUUAGUAAGAACAGAGGAGAAAGGUUGCCAAUAUGAGGAGCAUGUUGUGCAUACCAAGUCAACUAACAAUGUAUCUCUUCAAACCAUUCUCCCCUUUUUGGAAUCCAAAGGAACACAACACAAUUCAAACGAGUUUUAUGCAUCAUCUCUUCAGACAUCCACUGGCACACAAACCAAGAACAGCAACGUAUCAUGUGAACAAAUUGGAGUUCAAGUUUUUAUGGAAAGUUCUAAUACUUCAAUAUCUACUCAAACCAAUUGGACUGUUGCAAAUUCUGCAGUACAGACAUCAAAAAUCUUGCAACGUACUACUCCCUCUCAAACUCUAGAAGGCGCUUUUGUGAACAACUUUUCUUCUUUAAUGUUACAGGAUGUCAAGCCAGAGGUGUAUCAUGUCGCACUUCAGACAGAAGCAACUUUCAAUUCUAUCGCUGUACAAUCAAAUAACGUACAAUCGAGUAGCUCCUCUAUUCAAACGGAAAACAAAGUCAUGACUGAUACAUAUAUGCAGACACAUAGUUGUGAAAAUACAUCAAUGCACACUCAAACAAUCAAUAAGAUACUAGUUGAGGCUUCAAUUCAAACGACAGUGAAUGAGAAACAAGAGGCUGCUAUUCAAAUAGAUGAAACAGAAUCACCUUUUCCAUAUCACAUUUUAAAUGCUCUUAGAACUAUGGAAACAAGCAAAUUGGACUUUUAUUUACUCACCAUGAUGAUUAAUUUGCUUUUUCUUUCUUUUUCAAAAAUUAAGAACGCUCCAUUCCCUUCAAAAGAAUACUAUCACCCCAUAUUUUUGACUACUAUCCAAAAGUUGAAAAACUACUUUGAUCUCCCUGAGGAAAAGCUUCCCAGGUUUAGGGAAAUGGAAUGUGAUCAGAUAAUUGAUAUGGUCUUAUUCUGUUCUUCUAAUUUAGCAGUAUCAUGCAAUGAAGAGUUUAUUUACCUAUUAUGGAGGACGAUAGAAGAGCAAAAGGAUUCACUUAAUAAUGUACAAAAGCAGAUUUUAAUCAAAUAUCUAUGUCAAGCCAUAAAUCAAGUGAACUCCAAGACCUAUACUAUUUUUACAUUGAAGAUUUUAUAUCAGUUGGAAAGCAUUGCUCAUUUUACUCAAAAUGUUUCUUAUGGAUCUCUCAGAGAUUAUGUGAAUAAUAUAGACUCCAAUGCGCACAAUCAAGUACAAGAUGUCAUUAACUUUAUUUUACAUAUUCAAUGA